AUGUCGGCUUCAAUCAAACUCUUGAUUAUUUCAAUUUUUAUAGUACCUAUUUUAUUUCAAUCCAGCAAACAAUGUGGUCAACUCAAGGACGUUUGCAGUAAAACUAGCGAUUGCUGCCCCGGAUAUGGUUGUUAUAUUGACAAAACGGGAGGGCAUUGUUCGAAUGAAUGUAGUAAACAUUUUGGUAAUUGUGGAAACGGAAAAUGCUGUGAUAACUUAUCUUGCAAAAAAUCUUUGGGCAAAUUUUAUUGUUCCAAUGCUCCUUGUGUCAAAGAUGGGAACAAAUGUCAAAAAGAUGAUGGAUGUUGUUUUGGUAUGGCUAAGAAUAAUUUUUCUGUUUGA